AAAUACGACUGGAAACAGCGUGGACACAAGCAGAACUGUGUGUUCUUCCUGAAGUUCAAAUCCACACACGCUGAUGAGAGGGAAUCUGGGGUGAAUAAUGAUGAGGGGUCCAGCGCACCUGGUAAGGUCAUCGGGAGGAAGAAAAUCGAGCCGAGCGAGAAGAAACAGGGUCAGAGGAUAUCCCGUAAAAGGGCUACGAAUGCGACCCUUGAAGAGAAGGAAAGUGCAUCGGGUGACGCAUUUGACAGUGUCAUAGAAUCCAAACGUGUCCAAAACGUGUCAAAGAACACUACGGCACAACCAGCCGUCGUUGAUGGUGUGAUAUCUGACUCAGGGUCGACAAGCGACGUGACCGUCGGCGAGGCGGAUACUAUAGGGAAAACAAAUAGAAAAGCUGAGAUGGCAUUGAGUGGUAGAAACGCUCGUGUUAGCGUUGUAGGCGAAGUUUCUUCAAACGCAAGUGAAGUUGCUGUGAAUGCGGGGACGGCUAGUAUUACAAAUACGAGUAUUAGCACCAGCAAGAGUCCAUCCAGUGUACAGGGUGCUGUCAUCGCCGCGCAGGAGAGUGGGAGUCUCGGUAGCGCGUCGGGUGUUGUAGAACGGGUUAACAGCGAUGCGAAGUUCCUUAGUAUCGGUCGGGGUGAAGCCACGAGUGACUCUGAGGCUGUAAAAAGAGAUGCAGCUAGUGCUUCGCACCACGGUUCUGGGUCAAAGGGUGGUGUCAUGCCUACAGAGUCCAACACUACGUAUAAGAAUGCCGGCCUGCCAGAACCGCAAACCAACCGUCCCGAAAGCACAGAACAAGUUGUGGCGAACGGAGAGGACAAGCCGUCAGAUACAGGUACAGAUAAGGCGGCUGGUGCUCAAUGUAUGUCUGAUGUUGAGAUGGGUAUCGAUGGCUAUGAACCAAGCGAGUUUGUAGACCCCUUGAUGUCUGUGUCGAUACCGGAUAUGGAAACCUUAGCAACGGCAGAGACAAUGGCCGCGAUGGCGCUGCUAGGGCUGAACGGAUUGCGGCAUAAGGAUUGUGAACCAGAUGACGAUAUGGUGACAGCUGCGAACACGCUUUUUGGGAAAGGACGGAAAGGCUCGGAUUCAAGUUCUGAGUUGCAAUACAGUGGACCUGGGCAUACGCCUACCCCCACACAUCUACACAUGCAUGAAAUCACAGAAUCGCACUCGCACUCGCACUCGCAAACACAUGCGCACGAGAAGCAGGCUCGUGAAGUGGAUCCGAACCAAUUGGACAAUGGAUCUAGCUAUGCAAUGGAUGUGAACGAAGAUGCUGAUUUAUACACGAGGGAGGUCGUUGGCGACAGUCAAGCUCACAAAGAUGUAACUUCAGACAGACCGGGAGAAGCGCUUGGCGGCUUGAGUGUAGAGGCAGAUAAGAUUGUACAUGCGAGUGAGACUCCGUCUGAGGAAGUGACGGGGUCAGGAACAUCUGCCGAGACGAGAGACACAGGAUCAAAGACGCACACGGAUGAGUCAAAUGUAGAAGCGGGCGAUCUCAACCCCAACGAGCGAGGUGGUGAGACGAAAGUCCCUGCGCGAAAGAGAGGGAGGCCAAGUAACAAGGAAAAGAGGGCGAACCGUGCUAGAAAGGGUGUCGGUAAGAAACCUGCAGCAGAGCACUUAGUCGACCCGCGCAUAGGCGGAGCUGUGGACUUAGACACAGUUGCUGCGAUACAGGGCCAGAUGGACGGGACCAAGCCCAAACGGAAAGUGGGUAGACCGAAGAAGGUGAAAACUCCGGCUGUAGCGCAGAAGAAAACCAAGGAAGAUGGAGUGCAUGGGGUAUCCGGUGUAGCGGACAGUGGUACCACUGAACUGUCCACAACGGGCCAAACGGUCCCCGAAGGAGAAACUGGCGGCGCGAAGGUGCGUGUAGUUACACGAUCGACCAUGAUGAACGGCAUCGCGGUGCAAACCAAACCGGCGAAGCUAUCCACUACAGAUAUGAACUUAGAACCAUUAGACACGCCUAAUGUGGAUAUACAGACGGUGUUCAGAUCAGCCGCUGCGCCCCCCCCAAGACGUCAAGCUACUGUGAAGAGUGGCAAAGCAACUACGGAGAGCGGUACGAAGAAGAAGGGACCGCAAACGUCACCGAAAGGGAAAAUAUCGAAAUUGAAGGGGACCGCCAAAGGGUCUGUGCUAAAUAAGGCAAAGCACGUUUUGGCGGCAAACAGGGCGGCGGAUGCGGCCAGACUUGCUGCGUUGAUAAAGGUCAAGGAACCUCUUGGUGACGCGAACGCCGCAGCUUGUGAGGCACAGCAGGAUCCUGGUAGUGUAGCGAUGCCAAAUGUAAGCGGGAGUGUGGAGGUAGACGGUAGUGCUGUGGUGGAUGGUGAGCAUGAAGGUGGGUCAUCACUAGCUUCUGGUCCAGUUCAGGGUGUGCUAGGGUCGCACGCACGGACGAAUACGGAUCCCGCGCGUGAUGUGAAUGGGCUGGGAGAAGGGGUGCGGAAGGUCAGUAGUGAAGACGCGGAGAUAAUGGCCAUUACACACGCACAGGAGUGUGCAACCAACGAAGCGUGCGAGCCCGUGAGAGCUGCCGUCGUCUCUGGUGCUGGGGUGGAUUAUAACCACCCCGCGGAUGUCGGUGAGAGUACAAAGGAGGGUGUUUCUACCGAGCUCAGCUCCGCAACCAUUGACCUUUUCUGUGACGAGGAAAUGGGGGAUGAUAGUGAUUCAAAUACAGCUGCUGGGCCAAAUACAACGGACAGCGUGAAUGUGGCGGUACAUCCCAAGCCCAGGGCUGUGGUGACGGGCUCGAUUGAGACGGGCGAGUCUGCCAGAAGGUCAGGUUCUACCACGGACACAAUAUCUCGCACUGUUGGGGGUGUGAUGGUGGUCACAUCGGUAAGCAAGGUGACUAAUCCGAGCACCGUGCGUGCCUCGUAUAUAGCGGCCCACACGCGCCUGGAUGAUAGCUUUGUACCGUUGAAGAAACGCCGUCUCACCCCUACCUCGCCUAAGGCGCGGGCUGGGAUGGGGGUGCCUGUAGCUAGCGUGCGUCCUAGCAACCCCGACAAUAACACUACAGCCUCGGACGCCGUCGGAGACAGUACGCGAGAGACUACAGAUCCAAUUGAUGGGAAUGGCACAGCGGUCAGUGUGAUGGGGUCGAAUACGGAGACGGGAGUAUCCAGUACGGCUGAAUCGCCGGGAACAAUAACUGCGUCUAAAUUGCCGCACGUACCGGUCUUAUCAGCUACAAUUCCAACCAAGGAGGGCUUGGGUAGUAUGCAACAGGUCAGUGUCUUGGAACGUUCAAAUACAGCGCGGCAACCAGCACUUAUAGAGAGGCAACCUAUUCCGCGGCGCAAAUCGCCUCAUGAAGUGAAACAUACGCACGCUUCAGUAGCGGCUGCUGUGAGUGCCGUCUCGCGUAGCCCGCCAAUCGCCACGCGGGCGAAGACAGAGAACGAAAGCGUAUCAACGCCAUCAACACCCCAAGAUGGUGCGGAGAUAUCUUCGGGCGACACUCAGCCUGGCCGUACCGAUGGUGGCACAAUGAAUGGGGCACACACAGACGGCGGGACGACAUCUGCUACAAAGACAGGGACCAAAAAGGGACCAAAGAGAGCCGCGGAACGAGCUACCACGGAUGCCACAGAAGCAACUGCAAGUAUUGGUACGAAUACAGAUACCCAUGCAAGCACAGGACUUGAUGAGGAUACCGGUACGAAAGAUACAGACAUGGCACCUGAAGCUAUAGUCAGGCGUAAGCGACGACGGAGGACUAUAGUGACGUUGCUGGAGAUGGAUGCAAACGGUUUCUAUGGAAACGGCGUGACUGCCAAUACACGCCAGUCUGAGCAAGCAGCUAAAAAGACCUCCGUGGGUGUUAAGGGAGCUAAGCGCAAGCGAGUGGGUAGGCCGCCCUUGUCUGCGGCCGUGGUAGCGGUUGAAGGCGUGCAAGCGAGUAGGGCCGACUCACGAGAUAGCACAGCCAUGGAGAACGCGCAGAGGCGGAAGUUGUCUCAAGGUCAACAACAACAACAACAAGCACACGGACAACCCACCGACACUGCGCCACCCCAGGGCAAGCGGGGCAGGGGUAGACCUCCUAGUAAACGCGCGCUGUCUGAAGUGGAGGGUGGUGUGUCGAUGAAGAAGAGUGGUGUGGCUGUGGGUGGGGAUAGCGAGAGAGUGCGAAAGGGAGGCGAAGUACUUGCGCCUAUUGGUAACGUACAUGAGCAGAGGGUAGGUGCAAAAACCUCAAGAGCCCGAAGGAACAGGCGAUCUUGUGACCAUUGGACCUAAGCGAGGCAGGGGACGGCCGAAGAAAAAGGCCAAGAGCACGGGCGGCUCUAUGGCCAGCGCUAUGGCGGCACAGGGCAAGGG